AUGGCUGACGUUGAAUACAACGCUGAGGAGGCUGCUGAGCUCAAGAGAAAGAGACAGUUCCGGAAGUUUUCCUACCGUGGUGUCGACCUUGACCAGCUGCUCGACCUCUCUUCUGAACAGCUCCGGGAUGUCGUCCACGCCCGUGCUCGCCGUCGGUUCAACCGUGGUCUUAAGCGCAAGCCCAUGGGCCUGAUCAAGAAGCUCCGCAAGGCCAAGCAGGAGGCUAGACCCAACGAGAAGCCUGACCUCGUCAAGACUCACCUCCGUGACAUGAUCGUCGUCCCCGAGAUGAUCGGCAGCGUCGUCGGUGUCUACUCCGGCAAGGAGUUCAACCAGGUUGAGAUCAAGCCUGAGAUGGUUGGCCACUACCUGGGAGAGUUCUCCAUCUCAUACAAGCCCGUCAAGCACGGUCGGCCCGGUAUUGGUGCCACCCACUCUUCUCGUUUCAUUCCUCUGAAGUAG